AUGAAGUCAUUCUUUUCAGAUCUGUAUUUUCUUCCUUCUUUCAGUUUAUAUUUGCUUAAAGCCCACCAAGAAGGAGUCCGUGGAGUUCUUUUCUAUUCAGAUUUUGAUGGAAAUGCUGAUGAUCAUUGGAAGAAUGAGAAUCAUAAUACAUCUGAACCUUACUUUAUCUCCAGUUAUACAGAAGGUCAUUUGCCUGGGACAUUGGACUCUUUCCCAUAUGUGUACAACAUCUCUUCAUCUUUGGCAUUGCAAAUACUUUCCAUUCUGGGAGAACCAAAGCUAUCAAGAAAUGGGUCAGACCACCUCAACACCAGCAAACACUAUUCAGGUGAUCCAAUCAAUAUUACUUUGAAGUUUGCUUCUCAUUUGAAGACAGUGACAGUUUCAAAUGUGGUUGGAACACUUUAUGGCAUCAAUCAACCAGAUGAACAAGUAUUUGUUGGUAGUCGACGCCUGUAUGGUGCUAAUGAUCAAAUUAAUCAUACGUCUGUUGGUCAGUCUGGCACGGCUAUGUUACUGGAACUGUUACAUAGUCUAUUGCAUGUGCGUGACAUUGAAGGUUGGCAGCCACAGAGAACUAUCAAGUUUUUCUCUUGGGGAACAGCCACUGGCAAUGACAAUGCAGGAGUACAAGAAUAUCUCAAAAAAAAUAGUUGGAUUGUGAACAGCCGCAAUGUUGGCUAUGUUGAGCUUCAAGAUGUCAUUGGUAAAUGGUGUAACCAUCUUUUCAUUCAUGCUGACUCUGUGUCCUUGGAGACUGUUGUUCGUGCUACAGAAAUGGUACCUGAUCCUACAAAUCCUGAAUCAAGUAUUUCAGUACGAUACAAAUAUAAAAAAUCUGAGCAACCAAUGUCAUCCACAUCAGAUGCUGCACCUGGAAGUCUUACAUAUCAGUUGGCUGAUGUGCACACAUUGCAAAUGAGUCACUGGGUCCCCACCACUCAGUUUAGUUGUGUAUAUUCAACUACAAAUGAACAGGGUAAACUUAAUGAGCAACAACCAUCGUCGGAUCGUAAUCAUCACUACCGGCAUCACAUGGCGGUGACGAGAGUUGCCUCCCUUGUACUGUUAGCCUUAGCUGACAAAGAGCACCAUGGCUACAGUGUUGAACAAUUAAUUUCGGCUGUUCAACAUGAAGUUUCACGUUUCCUCACUCGCUGUCACGGAGUUUCUUUUAAAUCUGUUGAUAAAGCAAUGUCUGCUCUACUUCAAAUGGUUGUCAAAGCACAGCACCCAGCCACCCUAAAGAUUUGGCAGGAUCAACCCCAUCCGGCAUCCACAGACUGGCAUUGGCAUAUCCACAAUUGUCGAAACCAGCUUCUUUUGCUGCAUAGGAUACUUGCACCACUCACAAGAUUGAAUUCUUUUACCAUGUCUUUGGAAUUGCUUCAACUUGAACCAUUUUCUUCAAGUCCACGUACGCACACACCUCUUGUAUGUUUGCCACCAGUGUUAACAGCCAUAACACAGAGAUUAGAACAGGCUUUUUAUUCCCUUUCAGAUUGA